CGACUUCAAUCUGACCGACUACGACUACCUGCCCGUGUCUUCUGAAAUCAAAGAGCUCUUCGAGUACAUCAAGAGGUACACCCCCAAAACAAUUGAGAUCGAGCACAAACUGCAGCCUUUUAUCCCAGACUUUAUUCCUGCCGUUGGGGACAUUGACGCGUUCCUAAAGGUCCCCCGUCCCGACGGGAAGCCCGAUAACCUUGGCCUGCUGGUGCUGGACGAGCCCUCGACCAAGCAGUCGGAUCCCACCGUGCUGUCCCUGUGGCUGACGGAGAACUCCAAGCAGCACAACGUCGCACAGCAGAUAAAGGUGAAGAGUUUGGAGAACGCAGAGAAGAACCCCAAAGCCAUCGAGAACUGGAUCGAAAGCAUCAGCGAGCUGCACCGCUGCAAGCCCCCCGCCAUGGUCCACUACAGCAGGCCCAUGCCCGACAUCGAGACCCUCAUGCAGGAGUGGUCGCCGGAAUUCGAGGAGCUGCUGGGGAAGGUGGGCCUCCCGACGGCGGAGAUGGACUGCGACCUGGCCGAGUACACCGACAUGAUCUGCGGUGAGCGGGGAGACGCCGCGGCAGGCACGGGCGAGCCGCUGGACCAGAGCCCCGGGCGCAGGCUCAGCCCUGAGCAGGCCAGGUCGUUCCCUGCUGCCCUCAGCGGGAAGCAGGCUCUGUUCAAGAACUCGCAGCAUUUCAAGCCCCUGGCUGAUGGGAAGAAGGGCAGGAGCCCACCAUCCAACCCACCGUCACGAGCAGCAGACGCAGAAGUGUUCAGCUUCACUUGA